AUUCCAUAUCUUGCCUUCUGCAACUGAAGCUCUGCUGCUCUGCAGACAGCAGGCCUUCACCCAUAGUCCCACACCCCUCUUCUUCAACUAGGGUUUUCUCUUUAAAAACAAACUCCUAUACUACAACCCUAAGCCUAACCCAAUUUUUCAUCUUUCUGUUGCUGUAUAGUCUUUCUCAUAGGGACAAAAUAUACCAAUUAUCAGAGGGUGUACUAAGAGACCUAGCCUACUCAAGGGCAAUACAGUCAUACAGUUUAGCAGAAGAAAAGAAAAUGGCAUCUUCAAGCUAUUCAAACCCACCAUGUGCAGCCUGCAAGUGUUUAAGAAGAAAAUGUAUGCCAGACUGUAUAUUUGCACCUUAUUUCCCACCAGAGGAGCCCCAAAAGUUCAUCAACGUUCACAAAAUAUUCGGUGCAAGCAAUGUGAGCAAAUUGCUGAAUGAUGUGCUUCCGCAUCAGAGGGAAGAUGCGGUGAAUUCCCUCGCCUACGAAGCUGAGGCGAGGAUGAAAGAUCCUGUUUAUGGCUGCGUUGGAGCUAUUUCAGUCCUUCAAAGACAAGUCAUGAGACUCCAAAAGGAAUUGGAUGCUACCAAUGCCGAUAUAAUCCGCUAUGCCUACAAUGAAAUGCCACAGCCGCCACCGGCGACGGCAUCCCAGUAUGGAAGGAGACCAGCUUCUGGGCAUGGAGACUCAGGGGGUGGUUCUUCUAAUCAAAUCUCUGGGUUUCUCUAUCCUUCUCAGUGGAAUAAUAAUGACCCUAGUGGAGACGAUGAGAGUGGAAAUAUGUGAGGCUUUGUUAAUUAAUUAAUUAAUAAGCAUAUCAAGACUUGAUAUAAUGUAAAAUAAUUAUUAUUAGGAUGGGGAGAGCUCCCAUUUGGCUAGCUCUAGGGUUUUCUAGUUAUGGAAUGUGAAGAAGGGACCAUGUGUCAUAUAAUGGGUAUUUUUAUGAUAUGCAAAUUAUUACCCUCAUGAAAUAUUAUU